GUACAGGGUUACAAGUAUCCGCGUCCCGUGUCGACUUAUCUCCCAAUUGCAGCCAUCAACCACAGCUAUGAAAAUGAACGAGAAGCAGAGCAAUGUUGCAAAGCAGCAUAUCACCCCUCGAAUCAUCAUCCAUGGCGGAGCUGGCAACCUCACCAAGCACUCCCUACCACGAGACAAGUACGAUGCAUACCAGACUUCCCUCCGGCGCAUCCUAUCCUCUUCCUCCUCACUCCUCUCAAAGCCCGAUUCCACAGCCCUCGACGUGGCCACAUUUGCCGUGUCACUGCUAGAAGACGAUGCACUCUACAACUCCGGCCAUGGUGCCGUCUUCACACGCGAAGGCAAGAAUGAACUCGAAUGCAGCAUCAUGGUGUCCAAUGGGUACCGAAAGCGAGGUAUAGGCUGCAUGAUGUUGCAGCAUGUCAAGAAUCCCAUCAAGCUUGCGCGGGAACUGCUGAUACGAGGGGAACAAGAUGGGGGCGAUGGGUCGCAGGAUCACUGUCAGUAUUCUGGGGCGUUCAUUGAAGGGUUGGCGGAGAAGUGGGGGUUGGAUAUGGUGGAUCCGAGCUACUUCUUCACUCAGCAACGAUGGGACGAGCACUUGAAAGGACUGGAGGAGGAGGCAAAACAGAAGGAAGCAGGUAUCCCGAUCAAUGAGAUGAGCGACUGGGAGAAAGCGAACUAUAUUCCUCUAGGUACUUGUGGUUCCGUGGUGCUUGAUAGAUAUGGGACAAUUUGUGUCGCGACGUCUACUGGAGGUCUCACAAACAAGGUUGGCGGUCGCGUUGGUGACACCCCAACUAUCGGCGCGGGGUUCUGGGCCGAAGAGUGGUUCGAGGAGGCCUCAGUACCAAAAGUACAGACUCACGUCCCUUCGACACCUCUCGACAAGCUCUCCCGAGGUGAGGUCAGCACUGUUCUUGCAGAUUGUUUUCCAAUGCUGUUCCUAUCACCAUCCAAUCCGAGUACCUGCAGAUCGAGUAUCCCGACGCUCGAUCAACCCCCACCCAUUCGUCAUGCAGUUGGCAUGUCUGGCACUGGAAAUGGAGACAGCUUCCUCCGUAUGGAUGCAUGCCGCACGGCUGCUGCUAAAUCACGAUUUGCGACGAUACCACUGCCGGAUUCCGUGACGUGGAUGGCUGGACCUAAAGGUGAGCUCCAGAAGUCAGCAGGAGACAGGUGGCAUCGUUCUCACGAAGGUACUGGUGGCAUCAUCGGCGUCGAGCUCGUGGGUAGCAAAAGCACAGUAGUAUGGGACUUCAAUUGCGGUGGCAUGUUUAGGGCAUGGGUUGACGACGACGGUGAGCACCAGUGUCUCAUAUUUCGCGAAGGAUACCACAGCGGUCCUGAGUCAUUUGCGAUUUAGCAUACCAGUAUGGAUGAAUAGAGAAUGCAAUUAGUGCAAGGGGUAUCACGGAAUAUAUAGAGCUUGAA